AGAAGAAGACGAAGCCUCUCAGUCUGCUAGCAAACAACAGAGAAGUGAAGUAAAGAAGCAUCUCCGAUGGAGGCGGCGUCCCAAAAACUCGCUUAGACUUCAGUGUGAUGAUUUGUUUUCCGCUAUUUGUUCGGUUAAUCGUUAACUUUAUGUGUAGCGGCGGUGGUCGUCGAGCUGCCUCGCUUUUAUAAGCAGGGACCCUCCCAGAAGACAAGUUAAUACUGUUAGCCGGGUUAGCUAAAGUUGAGGUUGGGCAGCUGGUUUCAUCGAUGAGGAAAGAAACCAAACCCGGGAUUCAAUGCUGUGAGGAGGCCUGACGAGCUUGUCUGGAGUUACCUAGCUGACCACCUGUGUUAGAGAGAGGGCUGCAGAAUGACAGAAGAUGCUGUCCUGCUGAAAGUACCUGUCAUCCGGCAACUGUACCACUGGGACUGUGGGCUAGCCUGCUCCAGGAUGGUGUUAAAGUACCUUCAUCCUGUUGAUGACGAGGAGUUUCAGAGAGCAUGCUGGGAUCUGAAGCUGACGGAGAGUGUGUGGACUAUUGACCUCGCCUACCUCAUGUGCCACCUCGGGAUCAAACACUGCUUCUAUACCCAGACUCUGGGCGUUGAUAAGGGCUUCAGGAAUCAGUCCUUCUACAAGAAACAUUUUGAUACUGAAGAAGACCGAGUCAAUGAGCUCUUCAUCAAAGCAGAGAGCAAAGGUGUGGUCGUUAAGAAAUGCUCUGUGAUAGUUCAGGAAAUCCAGUCUCAUCUGGAUCAGGGCCAUGUUGCCAUAGUGCUGGUCAAUGCCGUCGUCUUGACAUGUGAACUGUGCUCCUCGCCUGUCAAAUACUGCUGCUUCCUGCCCGUGGGCCAGAAGUGUUUCUGCAGGAAGCCGGAGUACCAGGGUCACUUUGUGGUGGUGUGCGGCUUCAACAGGACCUCCGGCUCCAUCUUCUACAACAACCCCGCCUACUCUGACCGCGUGUGCUGCACCAGCGUCAGUAACUUUGAGGAGGCUCGUCGGAGCUACGGGACGGACGAGGACAUCCUGUUUGUCUUCAAGGAGAGUUGAUUAAAAAGGGAGGCUGGACUCGGAUGUCAUAAUCUCCAUGUGAUGAUGAUGAUGAUGCUGCUGCCGGUCCGUGGUUGGACCAGUGGCCCCCCCUCCUGUCAGUAGACGCCCGGACCCAUCGUCCUCUCUGGUGCUAAUAAGCCCCACCAGUGCUCACAUGAGAGGCCCCCCCCCCCCCCCCCCCCCCCCACUGCAGCAUCACCGUGCUCAUUCCCUCUUAAACACUCAAUACUUCUUAACCCAUGAAGGAUCAAUGUCUCUGAGGUCUGAAUCAUGUUCUGGUCUCUUUUAAGACGGACCGAGAGUCCACAUGACUUUUUUAGUGCGGCUCAUUUUAACACCUGUGGUUGUGCAUAUGUUGAAAUCUCUGACUGUGGAUGAAAUGUGGGAAUCCUGAAGACAUGAGGUAAUGAUGAUGAUGAGAUGAUAAAAUCAGGAGAUGAAAACAUGAAGAUUCACUUUGUUUCUUGUUCUGAGUGUCCAGAGGCUCAGCUGCCUUUUUAAGAACGUCUUCGUUACUCACCGUUCUGCCACUUGUUAUUCUGAUGAUUCUAGCGACAGGGAAGACAGGAAGUAGAUGUGUUUUCAGAGUCUCAGGUAAUUAACGCCCUAAAGUGUGACAUGCUCAUGAAAUGACAAAAACUAGUUCAAUGCAAUACUCUGCAGGCUGCCGACGGAUCGACUCGUAUAUCUGCAGAAGAAACAUGAACUUGUUUACUCAGCCGGGGGGACAAAAGGGGUCCAGCUCAACAUCUUGUGCUUUGUUGUCGUGGCAACAUGCUGGAUAGGUGGAUGCAAUGAUUGCUUGUUUUGAUCAUACUGCUUCUCAGUUUGGAGCGGAGCGGGUGAAUUCCUCAUCGUCUCCUCAGUUUUGUGUUUUUUAAUUUUGCUAUUACGUAUUUGUUUUUUGCACUACAUUUUACAAAACAGACAGACAUUGUAUGUUAUUUAAAACGUCACAGUGAAAUGACUUUGAAUAAAUAAAAAGUGAUUUCUGACUGCUUGUGAUUUUUGGAGGAGGGAACAUAAAACAUCUUAUUUUUUAUUAAACAGUUUAUCAAAAAGGUUCUGAUUAAAGAAACAUUUAACUCCA